AUGGCUGCCCCAAGCCAGCCCCAGAAAUCCACCUAUGAUGCCAUUGUCAUCGGGGCCGGCAUCCAGGGCUCUUUCACUGCCUACCACCUGGCCCAGCGCCACCAGGACACUCUGCUGCUGGAGCAGUUCCUCCUGCCCCACUCUCGGGGCAGCUCUCACGGGCAGAGCCGCAUCAUCCGCAGCGCCUACCCCCAGGAGUACUAUUCCUGCAUGAUGCCUGAAUGCUUCCGCCUCUGGCAGCAGCUGGAGGCCGAGACCGGCACCACCCUCUACAGGCAGACGGGACUGGUGGUGCUGGGGCCGCCGGGAGAGCCGGAGCUGGAGGCCUGCAGGAGGAGCCUGGGUGUUGACGAGGUCCUCGACGCCGCGGCGCUGUCCCGGCGCUUCCCUGGCUUCCGGCUGCAAGCUGGGCAGGUGGCCGUGCUGGACAGCACCGCCGGGGUGCUCUUCGCUGACCGGGCACUGCGGGCAGUGCAGGAGGUUUUUCGCCGACACGGGGGCACCCUGCGGGACGGGGAGAAGGUGCUGAGCAUCCAGCCUGGGGCCACGGUCACUGUCACCACCACUGCUGGGGUGUACAAAACCCCCCGGCUCAUCAUCACGGCUGGAGCCUGGGCUGGUGCCUUCGUGGAACAGCUGGGUCUCCGCCUGCCACUGCAGCCCCUGCGCAUCGAUGUCUGCUACUGGAGGGAGAAGCAGCCUGGGAGUGCUGGCCUGGGCAGUGUCAGCCCCUGCUUCUUGACCCUGGGGCUGAGCCAAGCCCCGCACGGCAUCUACGGGCUGCCCUCCAUUGAGUACCCAGGGCUGAUGAAGGUGUGCCACCACCAUGGCAGCCCCACUGACCCAGAGAAGAGGGAUCAGGCCCCCUCGAGUGCCCCCCGCCCUGACAUCGCCGUUCUCAGCAGCUUCAUCAGCAGCUACCUGCCCGGGCUGGAGACCCAGCCAGCGGUGAUGGAGACCUGCCUCUACACGAACACUCCAGAUGAAGACUUCAUCCUGGACCGGCACCCCAAGUUCAGCAACAUCGUCAUUGGUGCCGGCUUCUCAGGCCAUGGGUUCAAGUUGGCACCAGUGGUGGGGAAGUUGCUGUGUGAGCUGAGCCUGGGUGAGGAGCCAUCCUACAACAUGGCCCAUUUUGCCAUCACUCGUUUCCCCGGUGUGCUCGGGGCUGCACAGUAG